CGCGGGCGAGGAUGGCGGCGGAGAACCAGGCCAGCCAGGAGAGCGCCCUGGGCGCCUACUCGCCCGUGGACUACAUGAGCAUCACCAGUUUCCCGCGGUUGCCGGAGGAUGAGCCGGCGCCCAUAGCCCCGCUGAGGGGCCGCAAGGACGAGGACGCCUUCUUAGGAGACCCCGAUACUGACCCGGACUCCUUCCUGAAGUCGGCGCGGCUGCAGCGGCUGCCUUCGUCGUCGUCGGAGAUGGGCAGCCAGGACGGGUCGCCACUACGGGAGAUGCGCAAGGACCCGUUCUCGGCGGCGGCGGCCGAGUGCUCUUGCCGCCAGGACGGGCUCACGGUCAUCGUCACGGCCUGCCUCACCUUCGCCACGGGUGUCACUGUCGCGCUGGUCAUGCAGAUCUACUUCGGAGUCCCCCAGAUCUUCCAGCAGGGUGCAGUGGUGACCGAUGCUGCCCGUUGCACAUCGCUGGGCAUUGAGGUGCUCGGUAAGCAGGGAUCUUCGGUGGACGCAGCUGUGGCAGCAGCCUUGUGCUUGGGGAUCGUGGCUCCACACAGUUCUGGCCUGGGCGGUGGGGGCGUGAUGCUGGUACAUGACAUCCGACGAAACGAGAGCCACCUAAUUGACUUCCGGGAGUCUGCACCAGGGGCCCUCAGGGAAGAGACCCUGCAGAGAUCCUGGGAAACCAAGCCUGGGCUCUUGGUGGGGGUCCCCGGAAUGGUGAAGGGGCUACAUGAAGCUCACCAGCUCUAUGGCAGGCUGCCAUGGUCCCAAGUCCUGGCCUUCGCAGCAGCUGUGGCCCAAGAUGGCUUCAUCGUGACCCAUGAUCUAGCCCAUGCCCUGGCGGAGCAGCUACCUCCCAACGCGUCUGAGCGCUUCCGAAAGAUGUUCUUGCCCUCUGGCCGCCUGCCACUACCUGGCUCACUGCUUUAUCGGCCCGACCUGGCAGAGGUGCUGGAUGCACUUGGUACUUCCGGCCCUGCUGCCUUCUAUGCUGGUGGCAACCUCACACUGGAGAUGGUGGCCGAGGCUCAGCAUGCAGGGGGUGUCAUAACCGAGGAGGACUUCAGCAACUACAGCGCCCUUGUGGAGAAACCCGUGUGUGGCAUGUACAGAGGCCACCUGGUUCUCAGUCCUCCACCCCCACACACGGGUCCUGCUCUCAUCAGUGCUCUCAACAUCCUUGAGGGCUUCAACCUCACCAAUCUGGUGUCCCGCGAACAGGCUCUUCACUGGGUGGCAGAGACCCUGAAGAUUGCAUUAGCACUGGCCAGCAGACUGGGAGAUCCCGUCUACGAUUCUACCAUCACUGAGAGCAUGGAUGACAUGCUCAGCAAGGUGGAGGCCGCCUACCUCCGGGGCCACAUCAAUGACUCCCAGGUGGCUCCUGCCCCACUCCUGCCUGUUUACGAGCUAGAUGGGGCUCCCACGGCUGCCCAGGUGCUGAUCAUGGGCCCUGAUGACUUCAUUGUGGCCAUGGUCAGCUCCCUGAACCAGCCCUUUGGCAGCGGCCUCAUCACCCCCUCAGGGAUAUUGCUAAACAGCCAGAUGCUGGACUUCUCCUGGCCCAACAGGACUGCUAACCACUCUGCACCCAGCCUGGAGAACUCAGUGCAGCCAGGGAAGCGGCCACUCUCUUUCCUGCUGCCCACUGUGGUCCGACCAGCAGAGGGGCUCUGUGGGACCUACCUCGCCCUGGGGGCCAAUGGAGCUGCUCGGGGCCUCAGCAGCCUGACCCAGGUUCUGCUGAAUGUCCUGACCUUGAACCAGAACCUGAGUGACAGCCUGGCUCGUGGCCGCCUGCAUCCAGAUCUACAAUCCAAUCUCCUGCAGGUGGACAGUGAGUUCACAGAGGAAGAGAUUGAGUUCCUGGAAGCUAGAGGUCACCAUGUGGAGAAGGUAGAUGUCUUAUCCUGGGUCCACGGCAGCCGGAGAACCAACAACUUCAUCAUUGGUGUGAAGGACCCUCGGAGUCCAGAUGCAGCCGGAGUCACCAUCCUGUAGAGCGGCAGGGUGGGGCAGGGUCUCUGCUCCCUCCCCCCUUUGCAUGUUCCCAGAGUCCCUCCUUCUCCCAGGUUUGGUCUCAGGGGGAGGGGGACCCCACGGAUGCCCCAGAUCAGGGGCCAGAGGGGAUGCUUAGCAAACCCAAUCCCAGGGUAACUGGAAAAUUCUCUAUCAGGAGGCCUGUGGUGGUGAUGGUGAUGAGUGUCAGUGUCCACAGACAGGCACAUGGGACCUUGAGGAGACAGACUGUCUGUCUGCUUUCCUCCCUCAGCCAUGCUGGCCCUGAGCCUAGGGAUGUGCUUGCAAACCUUUCUCAAGGGUCUCACAACCCUGACAUCUCCAGUCUUUCCUGACCUGGGCCUUGUCUUCCAGCUCCCUUCUCCUGUCCCCAGCCUCAUUUCUUAAAGGACUAAGAUUUUUUUAAUGGACAGUCAUGGGGAGAAGAUACUCCUCUCCUCCUCCCAC